GCGGAAGCUGCCUCAGAGAGGGCGGAAGUGAAGAGCGGCUCGCCGGAAGUCGCCUCAUGAUGGGGGAGAAGAAAACGUCGGCCCGCGUGCCCGAGGGCGCCCCCCGGCGGGUGCUGGACGGCGCCACGCGGCAGCGGCGGCUGCACCGGCAGCUGGAGGCGCUGGAGAACGACAACUUCGGGGACGACCCGCAGGCGGGGCUGCCGCGGCCCGGGAAGCGGCUGCCGCACUUCAGCGACACCGCCGAGACCGGCAAGAAGAAGAAGAAAACUCGGGGCGAUCAUUUCAAGCUGCGCUUCCGCAAAAACUUCCAGGCGCUGCUGGAGGAGCAGAACCUGAGCGCGGCCGAGGGCCCCAAUUACGUCUCGGCCGCGGCCGCCCCGUCCCGGCUGCCCCAGCGCCAUUUCUGCGCCGUGUGCGGCUUCCCCUCGGGCUACACCUGCGUCACCUGCGGGGCCAGGUACUGCUGCAGCCGCUGCCUGGGCACGCACCAGGACACCAGGUGCCUGAAGUGGACGGUGUGACCCCUCCCCCAACAUGGCUGCCACGGCCACACCCACAACAUGGCUGCUGUGACCCCACCCCAAAAUGGCCGCCGUGACCCUGCUUGGUUUAAUCCUGCCCUCAAAAUGGCCACCAAAGCUCCACCCCCAAGAUGGCCGCCAAGGCUAUAACACCAACAUGGCUGCCAUGGCCACAGCCCCAUCCCAAAAUGGCUGCCAUGGCCACACCCCCUAAAAUGGACACUUUGGCCACACCCCCCCAAGGUGGCGGCGGCCGCGCCCGUGUUGAACCAAAAUCGGUUUUUUUUCCUACCAAAA